AUGAAUAUCUUUACUAAAAAAAUAUUACUUAUAAUUCAUGGAAAUAUAAAAAAAGAUAUAAAAAAAUAUGUUUUAACAGAAUAUGGGAUAUGUUUAAUUGAAGAAAUAACUUCAUUUGUAAAGAGAAAUUUUGAUGAUUAUGUUAUUUACUCCAGUAGUGAAUUAAUAAAUAUAUUAACUUCCAAAUAUAUUUUUGAAAAAACAAAUAUUUUAACAAAAGUUGAAAAAAGACUUGAUAACAAUAAAAGUGUUUUUAAUGAUAAAGAGUUAAGUAUUAAUUUUUUAAAUAGUGCAGCAUUUAUUGAUAACAAUAGUAAGACUUUAAAAAUUGUAAAGGAAAAUGAAUAUAUUAUAGAAACAUUUCUUAGAGUAAAAAAAAUUUUUAAAAAAAUAUUAUUACAAGAAAAAGAAAAAAAUAUAAUUUUUAUUGUAUGUAGUUAUAUUGGAGAAUGUAUAAUAAAUUGCUUAAAUGAAUACAAAAAAUAUAAUUUUAAAGAUGAUUUAUAUAUUUAUUCUAUCAAAUAUCAAACUGAAAAAAUUAAUAAAAAAGAUUACAGAGUAACUAUUUUAGAUUCAGAAUUACUUAAGUCAAGAAAUAUUCUCAAAAGAACUUAUUUUAAAUUAAAAAAGAAAAAAAAAAUUAUAAGAAAAAUUAAUUUAUUUGAUUGUUGUUAUUAUCAAUAUGUUGACAGUGAUUAUGAUGAUAAUUAUAUAAUAAAUCAAAUAGAAAGUAGUUGUAGUGAGAAUAAUGAACUGUCUGAUCAAACUGAUGAUAAUAAAUCACAUAAUUUUGAACAUUUAAUUGAAAGAAAGUUUUCUCAAGAUAAUUUCACUUCAUUUAAAAACGAUGAAAAUGAUUCAAAUGAUUCAAAUGAUUCAAAUAAUUCAAAUAAUUCAAAUGUUAUUAUAUCAAUAACUGACAAUGAAAGAAAAGAAGAAGAAUAUCAGCAAGAUUUAUUAAAAAGACAUAAGGAAAAUAAAUAUGAUAAUGAAACUAAUACGAUAGAAGAAAUAAAAAUAAGAAAAGAAGACAUUUCAAAUAUUAAAGAUAAUAAUGAUUUGGAUAAUAAAAAUGAAAGUGAAAGUUUAUUUUUAAAAAUUAAGAAUUUUAAAUUGGGAAAUGAAAAUGAUGAAAAUUUAUGUAUUAAUGAAAUUCUUUUUUUUUUAUACUUAAAAGGUUAUUCAUUAACAGAAGAAGAAAUAUCCUACAUAUCUACAAAAAAAGAAAUUAAUAAAAAUAAUUGUAUGCAUGAAUUAAAUAAAUUAGAAGAAUAUUUUAAAGAAAAAAAAAAAAAUUAUGAAGAAGAAUUUUACUCUUUCUUUAAAUAUGCAAAUAAAGAUAAUCUUCCUAUAUCAAAAAAUAUACUUGAAUUUAUUCUAUUUAACUACGGAAAUAAGCUUGAAAAAAAAGAAUGCGAAGAAUUUUUCAAAAUUGCAGAUAUUAAUGAAAAAGUGGAUUGUAAAAUUCUAUUAGAUAAAUUAUCUAGGAUUGAUGACUCAAAUAUAACUUAUUUGUAA